AUGGCAGUGGAGCGCAAGUAUGGCUGGGACACGCUGCUGUGUGCUGACACCCACCACUAUGCCGUGGGUCUGCUGGCCAGGCUCAGGCUGCAGCAGCCCCCUGAGCGCGGCGCUCACUGUGUGCGCUUGGCAGCUGUGGCCCUGCCCAGUGCUGCACGCAGCGGCCGCACGGGCUCUUCUCCAGGCUCCUGCGGCCCCGAGCCGGCUGCCCACGGAGCCCCGGCCCAGCGGGGCUGCAGGGCGGGGCGGCACCGCGGCUCCCCGGGCACAGCCGGCCCUGUGCCCCUGCAGAGCCCGGCCCAGCGGCUGCUGGCCGCGCCUCAGCGCUGUGCGGGCAGGGGAGGCCGGGGCCGGGCGCGGGCAGCGCCUGCCAAAGGGGCAGAGCCCGCCCCGAGCCUUCCCUCCCGCCGCUCUCCGCAGCUGGCAGAGGACAGGAGCCGAGCGGCCGAGCACCUGCGCCAGGCCCUGCCGUACCUGGAGAGCCCACAGGAGCCCCUGCGAGAGGCGGCCGUCAGGUUCAUGGGUGAGCCCGGGCUCCCUCCCCGCCCCGCCGCAGCUCGGCCCCAGCCCCGCCUGCUGCCCCGGCAGCUUCUGCCAUCCGGACCGGCGCCGCUGAGCCCCGGCUGCCCUCGGGGCUGCUGCCGCCCUCCCGCAGCCGAGCCCUUGGGCGGCAGCAUGCGGCAAGGGCCCGGGCUGAGCCCUGCCGGCCACGAGGGCGAGUGGCCACAGGGCUGGCAGCGCCGCUGGCAGGGAGCUGUGCCGCUGGGCAGAGCCGUGACAGGCUCUGUGCUCCCCAGGAUGGCCGGGCAGUACCUGAUGGGACAGAAGGCAGAAUUCCAGCUCAUCUGUGAGGCCAUCGCAGACAUGGCAGAUGACAUCAACCUUGCCGUCGGAAGCCUGGCCAUUCAAAUUUUGUGCUUCCUCAGGGCAGUAGAGAGAGUUCAAUAUUCUAUCUUCCAGAGGCCGCAAGAUCAGUUCCACAGGGUGUGGAGGACACGACCUCGUCUGUCAGGCCUCGGCUGGCUGCACUGCUGGAGAUUUGCAGAGCUGAUCUGGAAGGCUCUGCCUGCUGGGUCCUCUUAAGCCAGCAGCGACUUUCCAGUUAUUCAAGAUUGUUAUUUUUUUCUUUUUGUUUUACUUCAGUAUAUAAAUAUAGGAUGUGCUAG